GCUUCGCCCCCCGCUUUCCUGGCUCCCCGUUGCAGCCAGUCCCUCCCCAGCCCCACCGGAGAGGAGAUAUUACAAUGUUACAAGCUGACGUAAGGACAUUGCAAGGAAAGGGCUACAUUAUUUCGGGAGGGUUUAUUAUGAUCUGGGCAAAGAAGAAGAAGAGCCGCCGUCCUGGACUGUCACCAGAGGGCAUGCCAUAAAGGCAGGAUCGGGAUCGUCCAGACCAGAUUAAACAAGGAGGAGAAGAAGAAAGGAGGAGGAGGAGGAGGAGAAAAAUCUAUCUAUCUCUCCCUCUAUAAAGGAAAGCGCCUCCCGACUGCUCCCGCCAAGAACCAUGGAGCCAAACUUUCGGAGAGCCCUGGCUGACCGUGAUGGUGAUGAUGAUGGUUUCCGUGCUUAUUAUUCUAUGAUUUUCGACAUGAUUGCAACCUUGAGGAUCGCGCCUUGAAUUCUCCUGGAUUUGUUUUGCGGCCGCCUUUGCUGUUGCUGUUUCUUCUCCUCCUUUGCUCCUUCUCUCUCUCUCCCUCCCUUCCUUAAUCAUUUCCACCCUUCUUUGCCGACGUCUCUCCAGGCCUGGCGGAUUUGUAGUUUCUCCUCCGGCCAAGGAGGAGAAGAGAGGAGAGGAGAGAAGCCAAGAAGCGAGGCGCCUUGCCUUGCCUUGCCUUGCCUGCCUUUCUGCUCCGCUGCUGGGUAGGCAGGCCAAAUACACAAAAAGGGAAAGCGGCGGCGGCGGCGGCGGCAGCCCACCCCAUCCUCCUCCUCCUCCUCCUGCUGCUGCUGCUCGUCUCUUGAUAGGCUUCGGGAGUCCAGCGUUGUUUUGAAGGGGAGCUAACAUGGCGACGGUGCCCGUCUAUUGCAUCUGUAGGCUGCCCUACGACGUAACCCGCUUCAUGAUCGAGUGCGACGCUUGCAAGGACUGGUUUCACGGCAGCUGUGUUGGUGUAGAAGAAGAUGAGGCACCAGAUAUUGAUAUCUACCACUGUCCAAAUUGUGAGAAAACCCAUGGAAAAUCUACUUUGAAAAAGAAAAGAAAUUGGCAUAAGCAUGACACAGGUCAAACUAUGGAAGUCAAACCUGUACAAAACGGUAGUCAGGUCUUCAUCAAGGAACUCCGAAGUCGAACAUUCCCAAGUGCUGAAGAUGUGGUAAUAAAAGUGACCGGAAGCCAACUAACAGUUGAAUACAUGGAAGAAAAUGGAUUCACAGAGCCUAUUCUUGUUCCGAAGAAGGAUGGCUUAGGCAUAUCAGUUCCUGCACCAACUUUUUAUGUUAGUGAUGUCGAAAAUUAUGUUGGACCAGAAAGGAGUGUGGAUGUCACUGAUGUCACCAAGCAGAAAGACUGCACGAUGAAGCUAAAGGAAUUUGUUGAUUAUUAUUACAGCACCAACAGGAAACGAGUCCUCAAUGUAAUUAACUUGGAAUUUUCAGAUACAAGAAUGUCCAGUUUUGUAGAAUCUCCUGAUAUUGUCAAGAAACUCUCUUGGGUACACAAUUACUGGCCUGAUGAUGCUUUGCUGGCAAAACCCAAAGUGACCAAAUACUGCCUGAUCUGUGUGAAGGACAGCUAUACAGAUUUUCACAUAGACUCCGGUGGAGCCUCAGCCUGGUAUCAUGUCCUGAAAGGAGAAAAAAUAUUUUAUCUCAUCAAACCAACUUCUGCAAAUAUUUCCCUUUAUGAACGCUGGCAGUCAGCAGCCAAUAAUAGUGAGAUGUUUUUUGCUGACCAAGUGGAUAAAUGUUACAAAUGCACAGUGAAACAAGGACAAACACUCUUUAUCCCAUCAGGAUGGAUUUAUGCAACUUUAACUCCUGUGGACUGCCUAGCUUUUGCGGGACAUUUUCUACAUAGCUUAAGUGUUGAAAUGCAGAUGAGAGCAUAUGAAGUUGAAAGACGAUUAAAAAUUGUCAGCUUAACCCAGUUUCCCAACUUUGAAACGGCAUGCUGGUACACAGGAAGACACCUGCUGGAAUCAUUCAAAGGACUGCACAAAGCUGGAAAGCAACCUGCUCCUCAUUUAGUCCAGGGAGCAAAAAUUCUAAAUGGUGCUUUCAGGGCUUGGACAAAAAAGCAGGCUUUAGUGGACCAUGAAGAUGAACUCCCAGAACAUUUUAAACCAGCACAACUCAUUAAGGACCUUGCCAAAGAAAUAAGAUUAAGUGAGAAUGCUUUGAAAGUCAAUAAACCUGAAGUGAGUGCCAGUGUGAAUGUUGAGGAGGUCAGUCCAGUGGAGAAAGAAGAAAUACCAUCGCCUGCACCACGGACUCCACCACCCCCACCACCCCCACCAUCGCCACCUCCGCCACCACCAGUUGAAAAAGCCCCCAAGAAGAAAACUCCAAAAGCAACGAAAGUCCCCAAACCUGCUAAACUAGCCAAGCCACCGAAGCCCCCCAAGCCUCCCAAGCCUCCCAAACCGCCCAAGGCACCAAAGGUGAAGGGUGAAGGGAAGAAAAAAGGCAAGAAAACAAAAGAAGCUCCUCCUCAACCUGCCAUUCCUAACUUGGACCUUCUUGAGGCUCACACAAAAGAGGCCCUAACCAAGAUUGAAACACCAAAGAAGGGAAAGGCUGCCAAGAAUGCUGUGAGUCCUCCUAAUAAAGAACCUGCUGAAAAGCAAAAUGAGGUGGAGAAGUUUGAAAUUCGGGAGCAAAAUAAGACCAAAACAGAAGCAAAAUGGAAAUAUAAGAACAGCAAACCUGAUUCAUUAUUGAAAAUGGAGGAGGAACACAAAUUAGAGAAGACACCCUUAUCAGGAAACAAGGACAAUAAAUUUAUGUUUUCAUUUUCCAACAAGAAACUGUUGGGUUCAAAGGGAGUGAAAACACAGUUGAAUCCUGGUAUAUUUGGAUCACUGCAAAAUUUCAAAGAAGAUAAAACAAAACCUGUGAAAGAUGAGUAUGAGUAUGUCUCAGAUGAUGGAGAAUUGAAAAUUGAUGAAUUUCCAAUUAGAAGAAAGAAAAACACUACAAAGAGAGAUUUGUCCUUUUUAUCAGAUACAAAAGAAACUGCACAUCCCACACCAGUGAAGAAAUCAAAGGUGGAAUCUGUAUUGUAUAAGAGUGAUGACUCCUCAGAUGAAGAUUCUCUCCACAUUGACACAGAAGCCAAGCCAGGGCGCAAUUCAAAAGGAAAGAAAGAAACUGGAAGCUCAGCAGGCAUCCUGGAUCUUUUGCAGGCAAGCAAAGAAGUUGGGGGUUUAGAGUAUAACACCAACAGUCAGCCACCUGCAUCUCCCAGCACACAGGAAGCCAUCCAAGGAAUGUUGUCUAUGGCAAAUCUCCAGUCUUCGGAAUCCUGCCUACAGCCUUCAUGGGGCACCAAUCAGGCCAAGAAUAACUCUGUGUCUGCCCCAAACUCCAAAAAAACUGGAAGUAGCAACAACAAAAAUGCAGGCAAGAGGUUACUGAAGAAGAGUGCGAAAAACAACAUUGCCAUUGAAGAUUAUGAUGAGGACCAGGAUCAUUUAGAUGCCUGCUUUAAAGAUUCUGAUUAUGUUUAUCCCUCCCUUGAAUCAGAUGAAGAUAAUCCAGUAUUCAAGUCCCGAUCAAAGAAGAGAAAAAGUUCGGAUGAUGCACCAUAUAGCCCAACAGCAAGAGUUGGUCCAUCAGUACCUCGGCAAGACAGACCUGUCCGAGAAGGUACAAGAGUUGCCUCAAUUGAAACUGGACUGGCUGCUGCUGCUGCCAAGUUAUCACAGCAAGAGGAACAAAAGGGCAAGAAGAAAAAGAAUGCCAAAAAGAAAUUAUCACCCAACAAUGCAAAUAAACUUCCUCAGGAAGGCAGCUCUCCUGAGUCCAAGUUGGAGUCCCACACCAGUGGUUUACCAGACCACGAGUAUACAGCUGGAGCAAGCACAUUUGGGGUCGCCCAAGUAAACAGAGGGUCUCAGCCCAUGGCUCCGGGAGUUUUCCUUACACAGCGGAGGCCCUCAUCAUCAUCACAGAACAAUGCAGCUGCCAAAGGGAAACGUACAAAAAAAGGCAUGGCCACUGCUAAGCAAAGGCUUGGGAAGAUUUUGAAAAUUCAUCGGAAUGGAAAACUUCUUCUUUAGAACUCAGCCACAGUUGAGACUGUAUCCAAGUUCAGAAUGGCCUGAGCUGACACUAACUCUUCAACUCUUGAAGGACUGCAGUAGUAUUGUGUGACAUCUUCGGGACAAUACCAGUUAACUUUUUGCCACCACUUUAAUAAAUUCUUUUUAACUUUCAGCAGUUAAACAUGUACAGAAUACUGCUAUAAAUAUUUUUUAAUAUAGAUGUCCUUUCUCAAAUUGCUGAGAGUGACUAAUUCGCAAAAAGUUAAUACUCUGAGAUGCUGAGGAUCAUUCCAGUUUUAGGAAAGUAUCCCUUUAACUUGUUUAUAAGUGAAGAAAAAUCAGUUGUUUUUAAAAGUAUGCACAUUAAUUUUCAGUUAAUGCUACAUUUAUCAAAGCUGUACCAAUUUUAAAGAGGUAUCUGGUUAAGUGGCAGGAGAUGAGUUUUUUAAAAAAAUUGCUCAAACUGAUUUGUAGAGAGAAGAGAUUUCUGCCAUUAUUGUGUGAUAAUACCUUCAAGAAGUAAUUUGAGUAAUGCAAUAUUUAGUUUUCUUUACCCAGAUCAUGGUAAAUAUGUUUUGCUCAAAGAGAUAUUGAAAUUGCACUUCAGCACCACUAAAAAGUUUCCCUGUAACCAGACACCAGACAACUGUGGGUGAAUUUAUUUAUUUUUAUGUGCAAUCCAAGGUGAAAUCUGAACAUUAUGGAUCACAAAUCAGAUCCAGUUGGGUUAUGAUUUGGGCAAGGACUCCUAAAGGUCUCGUGCAGCUCUCUGAAAAUCAAUGGGAAUUUUUCCGUUACCUUCGGUUGGUGCUUGACUACAAACACAUUCAUAAAUAGAUUUCUAACUUUCCAACUUUUUCUUAUCUGUAAGGUUUUGCAGUGUUUUAAACCACCAAUUUGUGUGCUGUCCAUGCUCAUUGUCUCUGUUUCAUCGCUGCAAAUCAAUACGUAAUAGAAGUAGCCUUGUCUGAAUUUACCAAAAAAAUACCCUUAAACUAAAAUCUCAUAAACAGAUGCACAUAACCAGGGAAAAGUAACUGGCACUUCAGAAGUAAAAUCUGGAAACAGUGGCUGCAUUUGGAGGCACUUUUUAAAAAUUAUUAUCAGCUGCUCUAACUGAGCUUAUUUACAUGAUCAUGGAAACAGAGGGCUAUUUUCCCUUCCUAGAUGUUGAUAGUUCAGGGAUCCUGUUUUGGAAUGAUGCCCAUUGUUCACCAGAGAUUAUGUGUCCUUGUUAUUUUGAGACCAAUUUGUAUAUUUGUGCCAAGAUGUUUGGGUUUCCUUGCUUACAGUGUUUGAAAUUAUGGGAGAUACUAAUUGUGGAUGAGAAGCCAGUGGCUCAGUUUCUUACAAAGACAGGGGUGCUGUGCCUGUUAAUCCCACUAUUUGAAGUCCCACACACAAUGGAAGCUGGUACUUUCCAUGUUAAAUUAGGUAGUGAAUCUACUCUAGGUUAUAGUUUGAACUUUGAGAGAGCUAUCAAAGGUGUGAACCUUAUCCCCAAAAUACAGUCAGCACUUUGGAUAGCUCCUUUAAAAUUCAAGCUAAAACCCAGAGCAGAAACCAUCAGCUGCUACUGCUAACAUUUCAGUCUCCCCAUUUAAAUGAUUUUCAGCCUACUGGUGUGGGAUCUAGCUGGAUGGAAAGGGUAAGCAUGUCACAAAAGUAAUGUGAUAUGUAACGCUUACAAUACUAUGCAUGUUUACUUAGAAGUAAGUUCCACAAAGUUCAGCAGAGUUUAAUCCCAAGUAAGAAAAUGUAAGAUUGCCAUGUUAGUUGGUUAUAUUCUUACUUUUUGGAAACUUGCCACCUUAGUUUGCCAUUAUCUUACAAUGACCUUUGAAUUGUGUCUAACCAAACAGAGGUUCAUGACUGCACUAUUGUUGAUGCAAUCAUUUAUUAUGAAAAAGGCACUAGUUAACCUGGAUUUCCUUUCCCCAGAACUUGCAAUGCUAUUUUAAAGCAAGCAAUUAGAAGUGUAAUUGGUUAUGAAACAAUGUUAGAAACCUCUAUUUUAAUGCCUAUUGUGUUUUUAGUUUUUGAAAAUGUAAGUAAAUGAUUGAAAAUUUGGGGGAAAGGGAUCUUAGAAUGCCCAUGUUGUUGUUGUGUGCCUUCAAGUUGUUUCUGACUUAUGGCAACCCUAAGGUGAACUUAUCAUGGCUUUUUCUAGGGCUGAAAGUAUAUGGUUCGCCCAAGGUCACCAGUAGUUUUCCAUGGCUGAACAGGAGAUUGAACCCUGAUCUCCAGAGUUGUAGUCCAACAUUCAGACCAAUAUAUCAUGCUGGAUCUAGAACAGAAUUAACAGAAUUGGAAACAAUUUUUAAAACACUGCACCAAAACAAAUUAUAAUACAAUAAUAUAAUUUAUUAUCAUUUUUUAAAGAGAAGGAGCAUUGUUAAGCCCUCAUUAGUCUCCCCCCCCCCCAAUAACGGUCUAAAUUUAAUUGCUAGUCCCAAGUAGAUAAGUUCCACUGAAUCCAUUGCUACAUGGUAAGUCAACCCUUAUGUAAGUUCUCUUGAAUCAAAUGCCCUACUUUACUUGAUUUAAGCCAAUAUGUUACAGGUAAAAUGUGCAGGCUACUUGUAGCCAGUUACUUCCAGCCUCCUUUUUCCCUUCUUUUUCCAUUCAGCCUUGAUCAUGUAAACAAGCCAGAAAAACAAAUGAGCAAAGAAGCUGUCUUCAGAUGACUGAGAAUACAAGCAAGCACUUAUCAUCUGCUCCAUUACCAAACCCACAUUCCUCAGUGCUUCUUUUGGGAGGAAGAAGUGCAGGUGGCUAAGUGCUAUAAAAGUGUGAGAUGAGCACAAGCUCUUUAAAAAUAACUUUAAAAAGCCCAUAAACCCAUUCAAUAUUUGAACAAUAAUGGAUCACCGUUUAGGCAAGCCUUGAUACCAAGGCAUAUUAUGAGCUAGAAAGACUGUGUGGCCCUGUCAGUGAUAUAGCUAAGGCUUCUGACAUCCAUAUCAAAGCACUUCCUAUCAGAUUCAUUCAUCUGAAGAGCAAGGCUGCUGUAUGCACCCAGGUGUCUGAUAAGAUGAGAGCCAAGCUUAUUGACAGUUUAACUGGAUACUUGUUGUCUCUUAACUCUCUUGGUGUUUGGUGUAGAGUGCAUUAUUUUACAUUAAACUUGCUUGUCUGCAUAUAAACACUUAAGGAGUUAAAGUUGUUUCUCAGGCAAUCCCAGGUUUUCAUUUAUAGAUAUGUUUCCUAAAGCAUAUUUUUUCAUAGAAUGUAGCCUGUAAAUAGCUUUUUAAAAAAUACCUUCUUUUUAUAAGAGCAAAUUAUCUCUAGGCAUUUCUUUCUAUAGAAUAAUUCAUUAACCUUUAUACAGAUUUUUUGCUGAGUAUUAUGAACAGUUGUAUUGUAGGUUCUUGACUCUAAGAGAGGAAUUUUGGGUUUUGUUUUUAUUGUGUUAUGUUUCCCUUUUUUUAAUUUUGGCAUUGCCUGAAAAACAAUUAAAACUUUGUGCAGCCUUAUACAGAAUGAAUUAUUAGUACAAAAAUGAUCUAUUUAAGACACAUUAUGAAGAGGAAUCUUCAACUUUAUAAUACCAGCUCCUUGUUUCAAUUCUUGUAUUAUGAGGGGAUACAAUUAUUUUAUUAGCACCUUGUGAAGUGUUUCUGUGUUUUGUGAUGAUGUAAUUUAUUAAUGUUUGUAGCUUUUUAUAUUUGUACAUUUCUUAUGAGCUUUGUUUAUAUACACAUUACCUGGAUGUGAUGUCCAUGAGGAAAAAAAACAGCUACAGAAGACAACUGAGGCCUUAUUAACUAACCUUUCUACAGUUAUGAUGGGGAGGCUGGGUCAGAACUCUAGGAAACAAAAAAUGUUAGUUCAAUAGGGCCCCAGGGUUAUGGCGAGCAGGUUUUUUAAGCUUCCCUAGUAUCUUGUUCUUGUCAAGCAUUUCUAUAAUAUAACGCAGACAUCAUGCUGGUUUUUUAUUAUUAUUGUUGUUGUUAUUAUUAUUUUCGCAACAUGUACAUUUCUAACAAAGUUUAUUGUGGCUAUCUAUUACAGUGUUUUAUUUACUGAUUCAUAUCAAAUGCUCUUGUAUCAAGUCCAUGAAAUCUAAGUAAACUUAGAUGAAAAUUUUAAAAGUAAAAUAUUUCAGGUUUUGUAUAGA